AUGGCAUUAGUGGGCCUGCAGCUUGACGAUUCGGCGACGAAUGCGCUGUCUGGUCUGCCUGUGGAAGCGGCGAUUGAGUUCCUCGAUGUGGUGGCCAGGAAGGCAGCCACUGGACAUCUUAAAGAUCCUUCCAAUUAUGUCUGCGCGACCAUUGCGAGAGGCUAUGUUCCCCAGGCUAAGUUGCCAUCGUGGCAUGGGCAGGCGAGCUUCGAGGCUCCACCACCUGCAAACGCUGUGGUGCUGGACACGGAUGUGGCGGCAUCGCGGUUACAGUCCACUGUUGGCAUGAGGAAAGCCGAGCAGGCUGGCAUAGACCUCAACCAUGAUGCUCUCAAUGCUCUGUUGCGGCUGCCCACGCAGCAUGCCUCGCAGCUGCUUGAGCAGGUUGUUGAGAAGAAAGGGACCAUAAGAGACUUGUCGAACUAUGUCUGUGCAACUGUGGCGCGGGGUUUCCACCCAAAGGAGUCCGCAGGCACAGUUUGGUCAGGGUUGCCGAGCCCCGGCCCUUGCGCUGAGACUGAAGUUCCAGGCGCCAAAGCAAAGGGCAAGGGUAAAGCCACCAUGGAGAGCAAAGGGAUUGAGCUGGUACUCGGCCUGGUUGAGUGCUCGCGAUUCUGUGAACAAAGAGGUAUGGAAGAUGAGGUUGCGAAUGCAAAGUGGAAUGUGUAUAGCCUGCAGAGGACGCUGGCAGGGGACUUCCCUUUGUCUCCCUGCAUCACUGCCGUGUUGUUCGAUUUUAUGUUCUUCGGAAUGAUCGGUCUUGCUUGGGCAGUCACGCUGGUGACGCAGCCCACUUUCGUGUAUGACAACAACAUUACACGAAUGUUCAAAUCAUACAACGUUUGCAUUGGCUUGGAUUCUUGGCCCGCCCGACCCGUUGCAGCUGCGGCCUUUACGCUGUGUGUGCCGGUGGUCUGUUUGACGGCAGCGCUGCAUGCUUUCAAGGCGCACCAUGACGACGGUGGGCUCAAACUUUUGAGAAAAGGAUGUUUGCUAGUUGGGGCAGCUCUUGGCAAUGCAGCAAUGACCGUCUGCAUUGCUGUGCCGCCAGACGAUUACAUCAAAUGCAUGAUACACACCCUCGGGUUCGCGUUUACUUUGUUUGGCCAAGGCAUCUUCAAGACGGGUCUUAUCGUGGAGUACUGGCUUCUUUGCAAGAAGCACUGGGAUGCAGGAAUCUGGAAUAGAGUGUAUUUCGUCACACUGGUGUCGCAUGCAUGCGUACUUGUGAUGGCGGUCGGCUUCCUGAUCUACCUGCUGCAGUUGAAAGACUACCAUCCCAUUAUUGCUAGGAUACAAGGUGAUCGCAUACCUACCGUGUCAGAGGGUGGUGUGCCGGUGGUUGGUGCUUGGAAGGGCACUUUUCCUUUUACUUGGCCGGUGGCAUAUCUCGUCGAGCCUGAUGGGUCAACAGUUCCCAUCACGACUGAUGGUACUGGGAAUUUCCUGAUGUGUGUCACUUUCCUCGCUCCGAUCAUUGAGGUCCUGACUGUUCCGCGCAAGCUGCUGUCUCCAGGAGUCAGCAUUGCAUAUGCCCCCAUGCGCAACUUAGAUGUUUAA